AUGGCUGUUCCAUCCAAUUUAUCCGUCGUAAAAUUUGAGGCCCUGUUCCUCAAAUCCUCCUCUUCCUCUUCCCCGCCAUUUCCUUCAAGGCCAUUACCCACCGUUUUUCUCGCCCAAAACAGAACAACCUUUGUUCGGAGAGGGGUUGUUCGCUGCGACGCUCAGCCCUCUAAUGCAUCGGUUGGUCCCAAUGAUGUUACCUCUUUCUCCCCUCUUGAGCAGCUCAAGACUUCUGCUGCUGAUAGGUAUACAAAGGAAAGGAACAGCAUUGUUGUCAUUGGGCUCAGUGUGCACACUGCACCUUUGGAAAUGCGAGAAAAACUUGCCAUUCCGGAAGCAGAAUGGCCUAGAGCUAUUUCAGAGCUGUGUAGCCUUAAUCAUAUUGAAGAAGCAGCUGUUCUGAGCACCUGCAACCGGAUGGAGAUAUAUGUUCUUGCACUGUCCCAACAUCGUGGUGUCAAAGAGGUUAUGGAAUGGAUGUCAAAAACAAGUUCAGUCCCUGUUUCGGAGCUAAGCCAACACCGAUUUUUACUUUACAACAAUGAUGCCACACAGCAUCUUUUUGAAGUAUCAGCAGGUCUUGAUUCUCUUGUUUUGGGAGAAGGUCAAAUCCUUGCUCAGGUUAAGCAAGUUGUCAAAGUUGGACAAGGAGUAAACGGCUUUGGGAGAAACAUCAGUGGGCUAUUCAAGCAUGCAAUUACUGUUGGUAAAAGGGUUAGAACUGAGACAAAUAUUGCUUCCGGGGCAGUUUCUGUGAGCUCAGCUGCCGUUGAAUUGGCCUUUAUGAAACUACCUGAAACCUCAUUUGAUAAUGCGAGGAUGUUGGUUAUUGGAGCUGGUAAGAUGGGACAGCUUGUGAUCAAACAUUUGGUGGCAAAAGGUUGCAAAAAGAUUGUUGUUGUCAAUAGAACUGAGGAGAGAGUUGCUGCUAUACGUGAAGAACUGAAGGAUAUUGAGAUCAUCUACAAACCCCUUUCGGAAAUGCUUACCUGUGUUGGUGAAACUGAUGUUGUUUUCACCAGUACUGCAUCGGAAACCCCAUUAUUCUUGAAAGAUCAUGUCAAAGAUCUUCCUCCUACAAAUCAAAAUAUUGGAGGCCGUCGCAUAUUCAUUGAUAUCUCUGUUCCCCGGAAUGUGGGUUCGUGUGUCUCAGACCUUGAGUCUGUGCGAGUUUACAAUGUUGAUGACCUUAAAGAGGUUGUGGCUGCCAAUAAGGAGGAUCGCCUAAGAAAAGCAAUGGAAGCACGGGCAAUCAUUGCUGAAGAAUCUAAGCAAUUUGAAGCUUGGAGGGACUCGCUGGAAACUGUCCCUGCUAUUAAAAAAUUGAGGGCUUAUACCGAAAGAAUCAGGCUUGCUGAGCUUGAGAAAUGCUUAGGUAAGAUGGGCGAUGAUAUACCAAAGAAAACACGAAGAGCUGUGGAUGAUCUUAGUCGGGGUAUAGUGAAUAAGUUGCUUCAUGGUCCAAUGCAACAUUUAAGAUGCGAUGGGAAUGACAGCCGGACUCUUAGCGAGACACUGGAGAACAUGCAUGCUUUGAAUAGGAUGUUCAACCUUGAGACUGAAAUAUCUGUUUUGGAGCAGAAGAUUCGAGCGAAGGUGGAACAAAACCAGAAAAAAUCCAACACCAAUUUAUUUCCUCCAUUGGAAUAA